CCUAAACUUGGGCUUCGCUAGAUCUCAGAGGGGAGGGGUCGAUGAAUCGAUCAUCCAUCGACUAUUUAAUUCUUUUCACUCCCGCAAAGCUCCUCCCAAGCUCCUCAUUAGAGCUCUGCGUUUUCCUUCUCUCAAGCGCUCGCUCGCUCUCUCGCUCUCUCUCUCUUUCUCUCUCUGUGGAGUUUUUGUAAGAAUCAUGUCUUCUUCAAGCUCUCGUUACAAGUGGCGCGGCAGCACUCGCAAGGUCGUCUCCGCUCCAAUCGAGCGCCUGUGGGCCGUCGCUUCCGACUACUGCAAUCUCCACCAGUGGAUCCCAGCCCUCCAUGUCUGCCGCUGGAUCGCGGGCGAUCACCCCCGCGCGCCCGGCAGCGUCCGCUACGUCGAGGGCUCGUCCACCGGAUGCGACGGUCGCAAAUCGUGGGCCAAGGAGAAGCUCCUGACCAUGGACGAAUCCAGCCACACCAUCUCCUAUGCGCUGAUAGAGUCCAACCUGGGAAUGGAGGACUACGUCGCCACCAUGAGAGUUUUGGGAGGGCCGGACGGGCAUAACACCGUGGAGUGGUCGUUUGAGCUGAGCCCCAUGGAGGGAGCGUCCCAGGAAAAGGUUAUCGGCCGCCUCACGAGUGUUCUAUUCACCUACAUUGGCUAUCUCGAGGCUGCCGCGCGAUCUUACUAAUCAACGUGAGCUCCCAAAAUGUUACAAAGAUAAUAUCAUGCUGGAUAUUGAUCGAUCGAUAUCCUUGCUACUAUAGUAUAGAAGGAGCUGGAGUCAAUAAUUGUCGGGUGGAUUUUCCCCUGGAUGACCUUUCAAAGUGAGAAUUGGAAUUUUUGAGAGGGCAAUCCAACA